GAAAACCCUCACAACUACGGUGGACACCUGCUUGCUGUCCACCUUAUGGGGCAUCGAGAAUACUUUAGUGACGUUGAUACGUUUUGGAGGGAAAUUGAAUUACACGAGGAACUGUAUGAAAUUGAGGAAAAAGCUUUUAGAUCAGUAAUGCGUGGCACCAUAAAAGUUGUCGAUACUGCCAUCGAAAACGCUUGUUCCACCAUUGAGAACGUCAAUACUAGACUGACGAACCCAUGA